AUGGCAUCUGCAAACGUCAACCAGGAUUUGCUGAACGUGGACGAUCACGAAUUCAGCCGCGACUUUAAUGGCUCCCUAAACAUGAGCCCCGACAGACCCAUGAGAAAAGAGGAUUUGUCCAUUAAUAUGGGUGAUAUGAACAGAUCAAGGACUUCAAGCACUAAUAGAAGAUUAGAUCAAUAAGAAAAAUCUCAAAUGCUGAGAGAGGCAGAGAAUGAGUACAGGGAGUUACUACGCUAGCUAGAGGAGGAUGAGAAUGUGACAAGAGAAGACUUGGAGAAUUUCAAGAAAAAUGCCCUCGUUCACAAAAGUAUUCUUGAGGUGAGACGCAGAGCUCAAGCCCUUUAAGAGAUUAGAUCAUCACCAGAGAGAUAUCGCAAGGCUCAGUCCAAGGUGGAGCAGAACAUCAAGACCCAAGUGAAGGUUAACUCCACCAAAUAAUCAAAUCAGUGUGGAUUCCUUGACAGCAAGACUGAAUACUAAUCUCUAUUCAAAUAUACCGUUGAGAAGAGAGAGAAGCCCUACGAUAUCACUGAUGAUGAGAUAACUACUGUCAAGAAGAUUCCUCUUAAUGAGAAAUCAAUGGCAAAGCUCACUUAGAGAGACGAUCAAAUUCACCAAGCAGAGCAGUACCUUGAAGACUUAAUGAAUGAGCUUAAAGAUCGCAGACCUUUCCACGAGAAGCUACAGUAAUAUAAAGCCAGAGGGGAUACUUAACAUAUCCAUGCUCUAGGAGCUGUAGAUCUUGAUUAAGUUCUCAGAGUUGACAACCACCACAAAACUGCUGAUUAAAUCCUCAACUUUGACGGUAAUGUUCAAGUAGAUAUCCCAGUAGAUAAUGCUGAUGAAGAUGAUGAAGAACUCGAGCAAGCUGAUAUGGAGCAGAUUGACAAUCAAUCAGCCAGAGACUCUGACUUCCAACCUGAGACCAACCCUCCUCCUCCACAGCCAAUCCAGUAAACUGUUCCCUAACAAACUCCUAUUGUUCAAGAACAAAAGCAAGUUCAAUAACAAUAAUAAUAAUAAACUGUUCAAUAAAAAUAACAACCAGCCCCUUAAUCUCAAUCAGUCGUUAAAAAGACUUAGUCCAAGGCUCAAGCAGGCAUCCCAACUUAAAAGAAAGCAAGUGUUUCACCAUCACCAGCUCCCAAGACCUCAACUAAAAAGGAGGAACCCAGAAAGAGCACUGUCACCACUAACAAAAAAGAGCAGCCAAAGAAGGAGGAAAAGAAACAACAACAACAAUAGCCAGUUGUUCAACAGCAGAAGUAAGUGGAAGAGUAAAAACAAGACAUCUCAAUUCUGGUCUAGGGUGAGGAUGUAAUUAACAUUCAAAGCACUGCUGACGGUGGUCACAGAGUAAAUAUCAACCCACCUGAAGGAGCUGAUGGUUGUGUUAUGCUCAUUGAGAAGAGAAGCAGACCAAACUCACCAACUCCACAGAAGAUGGUAGUUAACAAAAAGAAGGCCGGACAAAACACUGGCUUCAUUUCUACUCAGCCAAAGCCAUAAGUUCAAGCUUAAGUUCAACAAGAAUAAAAACCUGUUCCACAGAAGCAAGAAUAACCCAAAGAGGAGGUUAAAUAGGAGCCUAUUGUAUAGUAACAAGUGCAAGUAUAAGCACAAGUUGAAGUUUAAUCUCAUGUUGAGGUUUAAGCAGAGUCAGAAGACGCUAGAAGCUACCUCAGUGGAUCAUCAAACGGUAACUUUGGAGACCUCGCUGCUACCAAGUAUAAGCAAAGAGAAGCCCAAGCUGACAACAAGUUCGUCAACAGAGAUCUUGAGGAUAAAACUAAUGCACUUCAAGAUGAGUUCCAAAAGAUUCUUGAUGAGUUGAAUGCCAGAAGAUCAAACAACAACGGCGAUCAUUUCUAUCAGGCUCUUAAUGAGUACUAUUAAGAGGGUGGAGAAGCUCACACUUCUCCAGUGAGAAGACUCAUUCAGCACAAGAACACCACCUUUGAGCACAAAAAGACUAUGCACGACAACAUUGACAAGGGUGACUACGCUUUUGUCUACACUCCAGGUCCAGGCAAGAGUUACGUUAUUGAGCCUCACGGAGGAGAGUUGAACUACAACUUGGCUAAGAAGGACCCACUCAAGUUCUAUGACCAAGUGUUCAACUAGGACAUUACUAAGCAUACUGUUGCCAAGGACAAGGAUGAAAUAAAGAAGAAUGAUGAAGAGCAAAAGCAGAGAGCUGUUGAUGGCAAGAAGCCCCUCAAGAACAAGAAGGUUGAGACCGUAGUUAAAUCUAAGGUCACCAAGAGACCCCAUGUUAAGAUCAUGGAGAAACUCAUGCUCAGAAUCGCCUAGAAGCUGGCUGAAAAGCUUGGAAACGAAUUCGGAAUGAACACCAUCAUGCACGCCAUGAGAGACAAGGGAGUCGAAGAACAAAUCAAGGAGUUGAUCUAGCAGGAUAAGCUCGUGCUAGUUGAUCAAUCUAAUAAAGUGCUCUUCGAGAGAGAGAUCAAGGAGGGCAUGGGUGUCAAGAGAUAAACUUCUCAUAUAGUCACUCAGAAAGAGAAGUCUGCCAAGAAAGGAGGUAAUAUUACCCCCUCUCAACAAUCAAGUCAAGGUGAAGCUCAAAUUCAGAUAGAUCAAGAGAUGGAUGAACAAGAGGUUAUGCUAAACGACGGUGCUCUGGCUCAAACCAACACUCACCUUAAAAUUGCUGAUAAGGAUUUAAGAAAAAUCUAGACUAAGGUUUUAGAGGUCCACAGAAGAAACUCCUUCAGAAACUGA